AUGGUAAAGUCUGAAGAUAAGCGGUGGACAUUUGGCAAUCGGACUCGAUUCGUUGUUCUUUUUUUAGGAAUCUGCUCAAUUAUUUGUAAUCAUGGUGCCUACACGACAAUUAGUUUCACAGUAAUUUGUAUGCACGAUGUCAUUGAAGAACAUGUUGCAUUGAAUCAGACACAUUGGCUCCAAAACUCUGCCGACGUAUCAUUUGUAUUUUCUGCAGGAGCAAUCGGAGCAAUAAUUGGUCUCAUUCCAUCUGUUCCUCUUACUUCUAAAUACGGAAUACGAAACGUUUUGGCUUUCUAUAGUUUCUCUUCUUCGAUUGCGACGUUGUUAGUUCCAUUAGCAGUGUCUAUAGGGUAUUACCCGGUGGUAGCAGCGAGAUUGAUUCAGGGAUUCGGUGCAUCUAUUCUGUUCUCUUCUAUUGGAAGUAUUUCUGAAGGAUGGUCUCCAAUUUCAGAAAUCAGUACUUACAUUGCAUUCUUGUCUGCAGGCUUUCAGCUGAGCAACAUCAUAACAAUGCCAUUAUCUGGAAUUCUUUGUGAAUCUUCAUUGGGUUGGAGAUCAAUUUAUUACAUCUUCGGAGGAAUUGCGUGUGUGGUGACAGCGGCAUUCUAUGCAUUUUUCAGAAAUACUGCUCAAGUUCACAGAAACGUGAGCACAAAAGAAAUGCAAAAAAUUGGUGCUGGAAAAUCUGAAACUUCUGGAAGACGCAAGGUUCCAUACGUAGCAGUCUGCAAAAAUAAAGUGGUGUUGGCCAUCUGGGCGUCGGCUCUAGGAGGCAACAUGUCUCUGAUGACUCUGAUGAUUUAUGGCCCAACAUAUUUGAAUAAAGUAUUGGGUCUUGAUGUGAAAGAUACUGGCUUUGCCAAUGCAAUUCCUUAUAUUCUGGCGACAGCUGUCAAAUUCACUGCUGGUCCAUUGUCUGAUAAACUGACAAGUGUUCCUGACACGUAUAAAAUGAUAUUCUUCGCAGCGGUUGCUCAAGGAGGAAUGGCUUGUGGAUUCUUUGUUAUGGCAUUGACUCGUGUAAAAUUGAUUGCACAAAUCGCCUACACUGCAGCCAUUGUUCUAGCCGGAGUUAAUAUGAUUGGAGUUGUAAAAUGUGCUCAGAUGGUAUCUCGGCAGUACAUCCACUUUGUAAUGGCUGUAAACUCUCUGAUUUCCUGGAUUGCAAUAUUCAUUCUUCCAAUGAUAAUUGGAUAUUUAUGUCCAAAUCAUACACCUGAAGAAUGGUCUGUAUUCUACAUUGCUGGUGGAAUAUGGGUUAUUGUUAUGAAUAUUCCAUUCCCAUUCUUGGCAACAACCGAAGCCGCAGACUUCACGAAACCAGGAUUCGGAGAGAAGAAAAUUAGAGAUGUUGAGAAAAUUUAA